AUGUCUCGAAUGUGGGAGGUCGACCCCGAGACGAGGACAAAGCUCCUCCAGAUCUCCAAGACCAACGGAAACGACAAGUGCUGCGAUUGCGGUGCCCCAUCGCCUCAAUGGGCCUCCCCAAAGUUCGGAACAUUCAUCUGCCUCAAUUGCGCCGGCACACACCGCGGGCUAGGCGUGCACAUCUCCUUCGUCCGCUCGAUCACCAUGGACGCCUUCAAACACGCCGAGAUUCAGCGCAUGGAGCUGGGAGGCAACGACCCCUGGAAGUCCUUCUACGACGAACACCCCAUAACCGUCUCCGAGGGCCGCACAUUCGAAGACUCAACCAUCAAGGAACGAUAUGAAAGCGAAUCAGGCGAGGAGUGGAAGGAGAGGUUGACGUGCAAAGUCGAAGGCCGCGAGUACGUCCCCGGCCAGGAGAAGAAGAAUACUGCCUCGCGCUCCAACACUCCCUUGAGUUUAGCUGGCGCUGGUGGUGUGUCUGCUGCGCGGGCUGGGUCUCCCGCUGCAUCGUCUAUUCGCUCUGGUGAUAGCCAGCGCGGUGGUGCUCCUAGUAAGAAGGAGCAGAAUGAGGCUUACUUCGCGAAGCUGGGUAAUGAGAAUGCUACCCGUGCCGAGGGCCUGCCUCCCUCGCAGGGUGGGAAGUUUACUGGGUUCGGUGGGGGUCUGCCUCCUUCCCCGGCGGGUGAGAGGCGCUCUUCGCCGUUUGGCGGGUUCGGGGGUGGGGUGGUGGUGGACAGCCUUUUGAAGAACUGCAGAAAGAUCCGGUGGCUACUCUCACCAAAGGAUUUGCCCACAGCCAAGCAGCUGGCGGAAUCGGACUUCGCAGCCCAGGCACGAGUCCACGCUUCGAUGCUUGGUCAGAAUCUGCAGACCGGAGUCCGCGGUGCUGCUGAUCAGUUCAAUAGGUUUGUCGAGGGCGACGAGGCACGCGGCGAUGGACGUCGGAAUCGCGUUGAGCCUGAACGCCGAGACUUCUGGGAUGACUUCUCGGCCUUGGGCGACCAGGAGCCUUCUAGCCAUCGCCGUACUGCAUCACAACGGUCGCAGCGGUCGGAUGUCGUUGGAACUGCUGCUAUGCGGAAGGGUCCGACGGCCUCUUCGCUGGCUAACUCUGGUGUAGAAGCCGGGGAGGGUAAUACGUCUUCGGCCACAGCCAAGAAGGAUGAUUGGGAUGAGAACUGGUAG